UCCCGUGGGGGCGCUUGCGAUGUAAGAUGGAGGUGACGUCAGUCUUAUCACUCUUAUUGUUCUCGGCUGUCUUGGAAGUUCUCGAGGAGCGACGUCCACGAAGGAACGUCGCGAGUUUUGACGUUUCCGUCGUGUACCCGCGGCAGACGUAGGCCAAUAUGUCAUUGAACACGGCGCACACCAAUGGGGGAGUUCUUCUCCAUUCUGGCGAAUGCAUCAUACUCUUCUGCGACAAUGUCAGCAUGGAAUUUCACGGACAGGAGCAGGCGGAGUUUAUCGGCAAGAAGCAAGGCAGAUUAUACCUGACGACGCACAGGAUGAUCUUCAACGCGAAAGAUCAGAAGGAGAGGAUGCAGUCGUUCAGCUUUCCGUUUGUCACAUUGAGCGAGGUCGGUGUGGAGCAGCCGAUUUUUGGCGCUAAUUUCCUCGGGGGCAAGUGCCGUGCACAGCCCAAUGGUAACUGGAUCGGCGAGUGCAAAUUCAAAUUGAAGUUCAAGAGCGGCGGCGCGAUAGAAUUUGCAACGGCUCUGCAAAGAGCUGCGUUGAUGGCUCAACGCAAUGGCCCACCCAAUGACGCGCCACCACCAUACACACCUCCGACAUCAGAAUGGUAUCCGGCACAACCUUCGGCUUAUCAACCACCACCUACUGGAUAUUAUGGAUGGAUGCCUCCGACUAAUGUGUUUCCAGAUGUUCCGCCAGGAAAUACCGUCUUCGUGACGGACAGUCCGCCACCGUAUCCAGGCAUACAUCCAUAUGCGUGCGGACCGCCGCAACAAGGUCCCGGCGGCGCAAUGGGACAGCCAGGUGCACCCGGAUGGGCCAAUCCGAGUUACAACGGCCAGCCGAUGUCUCAAGGUGCGUAUCCCGGCGGUUACGGGCAACCGCCUCACAGCGGUUAUCCGUUAAACCCACCACCGUACUCACCGUAUCCGCAAGUCAAUGCACAGGGUGGAUCUUAUCAGCAACCAGGAUACACUCCGUACCCACCUCACUACUAAUGAAUUGUAAUGAAUGCGUAAUAUACGUGUAAAUUGUGUGCCUGUUCGUUCAAUAAUAAUAAUAAGCUAUGAACCAACAAUAUGUGGCGAAGAAAAAGAAAAGAAAAUAUAACGCUUCUCUGAAGAUGCCAUGUCGAAUUAUGUGUGAGCAAUAUGCAGAUAUUUUCAAAGUACCUCCCGCUUAGAGGAGAGUUUACAAAAGAACGUUCUCAAUUGAGGAAGGAAAACGAGCGACUUUGCAUUAGCUUGCUUUUUGGGGGACAGCGCAUCGCUGCCUCUUCUUUUUUUUUUAUUCAUCGCCGGUAUCGACGGAGUCGUUCCUUUCUUUGUUCAACAUUCUGUGGUACAACAAAGAUGGAGCGACGCCGCCAGUCACACUGACAGUGAAUAGUAAAGAAAUGUGCAGCUUGUACACGCUAAGACGAGCAUACGUAUUUUUCUAAAUGCCGACAGCUCGCACAAUGUAUUUGUCCGCAAUUACGCUGAAUGCACGUAUUGCCGGAUUAUUAUUCUUCCGUUAAUUCCACCAAAUUAUAAGACACGUUAUAUUAGAUUAUCAGCAACAAACAAUAUUACGAUAUUAAAUGUUAAUUGAAGGACAA